AAAAAAACCGCGAACAACAGAGUUGUCAAACCGCCAAAAUGGUGAAAAAACAUCGAAAUAUUCUCGAUUGAGUGGAAACAACAUUGGAAGUGUGUAUUCAAAUAGCGCACGGCGCAUCCCUUUCAUCGGGCGACUUACCGUAUAUUCCCGAUCAAUCGCACAGCGAGAAAACACAUUUACCCAGAGCGCCGAACGAUUCCACACCGACCACCCGGACCACCAGCACAACCAAGCGGGAGAAAAAAAUAUACAAGACAGGCGCAGGGCGCGCUUUCGUUCCGUUCGUGCGAAUUUAAAAAUAGAAAAAUGAGUAGAUAUUUAUCCUAAUUUAGAAAAUUGGGUAGGUAUUUUUUAAUUGAAGUUUCUUUCCUUUCCAAAAUUUAAAUUUUAUUUUCUUGCUUGGUUUUUGGAGGCAGUGCGCGCGCACGAGCGCACUUAUUGAGAAGCCGCCCCUGGAGAAUAAGUUUGGCUUUCGUUUUUUGAUCAUCGGCAACUGAUGCUGCUUCAGUAGCCACAGGUUCAGUCUCAAUAUAUUUCGCAAGACAUUCAAGAACCAGAAAAUUUUGGGCCGCGAAUGCCCAAUCAUCAUAAUUUUCGCGCCCUUUUAAUUUAGGUACGUUUACCAAAGGUGGGUUCGGGAUGACUGUUCUAUAAACUCCAAGUGCACUAAACACUCCCGAUGCGUUCGGGUAUGGUCAUUUUAUGCUAAAAGAGUAACUCCAUUUGCGUUCGGCUAGGACGCGUGGGAGUCAAAAGAGCUGACUCCGAAAGCACCACCUUUUCAAUAGCAAGCGCCAGAGCGGGCAUGCGCAGUGUUUUUGUUUUCGUGAUAUCUAACCCCAAACCGGCCAAAGGAAACCCCAUUUUUUUAUAUACGUUUUUCGACUACACUUGUCUAGUUUGGAUGUUUUGAAAUUUCGAACUAUUUGAACCAGAAGCGCUUAUUUUUGUAAUUAGCCAGGCUAUUGGAAAGUUUUUUAAACGCAUCGGAAGUAGCAAGAAUGGCCAUGGACAUAUCUGAACAAACCUAUGUGGUUGUAGUUGACGAAGAAGGAAGACCAAUAAUUACAGCAGAAAACAAUAUUUUACUCUGUGAUAAGGCUACCCAGGGACUUUCAUCAAUACCAUUUACCGUAAACAUAGCAAAUGAAUUUGGAAUUGCCUAUCCACUGCAAAAGCCAUGUGAACAGCAAGAAAACGAACCUUCAACUUCAAGUGCUGCUGAAACCCCAAUCACUGAAACCAAUGAAGAAAAUUCCAAGAUUUGGAACACAGAAAAUACAUUAUAUCUGAUCGACACGGUUCAAAAAUUUGACAAGCAAUUUUCAUCUGGAGUCAAAAAAAAUGUUUGGCUCAAAGUAGCAGAAUGCUGUAAGCAUCUGCACAAAACUUUAAAUGCAAAACAUUGUGAGACAAAGUGGAAAUCCCUAAUCCGCACUUAUAAAAAUAUUUUAUUGAGCAAUAAUACCUCUGGACAAAAAAAGAGGUAUUGGGAGUUCUUUGAUGUAAUGCAUGCUAUAAUGUUCAAGAAACCUGAAAUUACACCUGUUGCUACCUGUAGUAGCUUACGUGGACUACGUGUUCCCGAUCCUGAAGAGAAAAGCAAACAAAAUGAAAGUAAAAACCAAAUUAAUGUAGAGGAAAACAACGAAAUUGACAACAGCAAAAGUGAAAUUGAUGAGGAAAGUGGAAAAGAGAAUUUUGAAAGCGAAUUUUCAAAGAAACGAAAGCGAAAAAAUUCAGAAGUUGAAAAAAGACACAGAGACAAGAUGCAGAGAUUGGAUAGAUUUAAUGAAUUAUUUGAAAAAAUGAUCGAUAAGCUCCCUGAAAAAUAAUAUUCAAAUGCGAACUUCCAUUGCAUUUUUUUUUCACCAGUCAAAGUAGUUGCACCACUUUGGGAAUCUUUCAUCCUUUCAAUUUGACAAUGGGAGUCUAAUCUGUAGUUUGAGUAUAUCCUAUCCAAAAUCCGAAGUCCAAAGGUAUAGGUAAAUUUAUCACCUUUCCCUAUCAAAUAGCACUGGAAGGUGAUACAUUUUAGCUUUACCUUUGGGCAUCAGAUUUUGAAUAGAUAUGUUGGAUUUUGUAGCAAAUGUAUGUGAAUAUAGUCUUAAGGAGAGUUUAUUUUGAGUUAGUUUGUUAUAAACUUGUUUUUAUGAAAUGUAGGUAGAGGGUGGGAUGUAAUAGAGGCUUUUUUUGAGUUUAAACAUUGUUAAGUUUAUUUAUUAAUAUUAUUGGCUAACUUGAACAUUAUUGCUGCAAAACCCCAGGUUUAUUUCAAAUAAAUUAAAUAAAUAACAAUUAUUUUUUUAUUUAAUAAAAUAUACAAGACUGGUUAGAAGAGUAUAGAUAUACAGAGUGGCAAAAAAGUAAUGCAUACAACCUGUAGCUUUUAAGGACCUCUUUUCAUAUAAAGAUAAUAAAAAAGUUACAGGUAUUAUGCGUUACUUUUUUGCCAGUCUGUAUAGCAAAAUGUUUGUGAAAGUAGUGUCCAUAAGCUAGAAAAAUGAAAAAAAAAAAAUGAAACUACAUCUAGGUUUAAAUAUUUAGAAGGAUAAAGGAAAUGUUAUGUUUUGGAAAUUAUAUUUACAGUUUAUCUUCGUAUAAUUAUUGGUAAACUAUUUACAAUAUUAUUGCGCUUGAUUAUGGCCUGAUUGGGGAUAUUCUCUAUAUCAAUUUCAAUUGCAUUCUCUGGAUUAUUGAGAACCUCUUCUCUCCUAACUUCAUCCAAAUCAAUAAUAUCCUCGAAUGAAUCGCCAUUUAAAAUACAAAUAUUGUGCAGUAUGCAGCAACUCAUUAUAUUUAAACAUGAUAAGUCCAUCCGGACAGUUUCCAGAAAUUUUAAUUUUCGAAAACGUCCUUUCAGUAACGCGAGUGCAUUUUCUAUUUUAACCCUUAUCUUACUUAAAACUACAUUGAAGUUUUUUUGUCUUAAGGUUAAAUGCCCAUUAUCCUUAAAUCCAACAAGUAAGUUAA